AUAGUCAGCGGCGGCCAUAGAGAAGGCACUUAGAGGAACUUGACUCUCCUCUCUGUGAGCUCCAUUACUCCUACCUGCCUCCGUCCUUUCUCUCCUCCUCCGCUCUCCGGUCAGAGGAAACACAAGCAUCCAGGAUGCAGGUGUCAUCAAGCAGAAGAUCCUUUACCUCCAGCUCAAAGGCUGGCGGCGGCGGCGGCGGCAGCAGCUUCGGCUUCAGCUCUGGCGGCGGCGGCGGCAGCAGCUUCGGCUUCAGCUCUGGCGGCGGUGGCGGUGCCAGAAGCAGUUUUUCCUCCCAAUCUAUGGGAGGAGGUGGAGGCAUGAGGAGGUCGGCAUCCAGCAGCUAUGGCGCAAGAUCGGGAGGCUUCAGUUCGGGUAGCAUGAUGGGUGGCGGUGGCGGUGGCAGUUUCCUAAUGUCCAGCGGCGGCGGCUUCGGCGGCGGCGGCAUGGGCAUGAGCAUGUAUGGUGGAAUGGGCAUGGGAAUGGGUGGCGGUGGCGGCGGAAUGGGUGGCGGAAUCGUCGCCGUCACCUCCAACCAUAGCCUGCUGGCCCCCAUGAACGUUGACAUCGACCCCAACAUCCAGACCGUCCGCACCCACGAGAAGGAGCAGAUCAAGGGCCUCAACAACCGCUUCGCCUCCUUCAUCGACAAGGUGCGCUUCCUGGAGCAGCAGAACAAGAUGCUGGAGACCAAGUGGAGCCUGCUGCAGGAGCAGACCACCUCCCGCUCCAACAUCGACGCCAUGUUCGAGGCCUACAUCGCCAACCUUCGCAGACAGCUCGAUGGCCUGGGCAACGAGAAGAUGAAGCUGGAGGGAGAGCACAGGAACAUGCAGGGUCUGGUAGAGGACUUCAAGAACAAAUAUGAGGAUGAAAUCAACAAACGUGCAUCCGUGGAGAACGAGUUUGUGCUGCUCAAGAAGGGUGUGGAUGGCGCUUACAUGAACAAGAUUGAGCUGGAAGCUAGAGUUGAUGCCCUUCAAGAUGAAAUCAACUUCCUCAGAGCAGUUUACGAAGCGGAGCUGCGUGAGCUCCAGGGACAGAUCAAGGACACGUCGGUCAUCGUCGAGAUGGACAACAGCCGUGGUCUGGACAUGGACUCCAUCGUGGCUGAAGUGCGCGCCCAGUACGAGGAAAUCGCCAACCGCACCCGUGGCGAGGCCGAGGGCUGGUACAAGCAGAAGUUCGAGGAGAUGCAGACUUCGGCUGGCCAGUACGGCGAGAACGUCCGCAACACCAAGAGCGAGAUCGCCGAGAUCAGCCGCAUGAUCAGCCGCCUGCAGAACGAGAUCGAGAACGUCAAGUCUCAGCGUGCUUCAUUGGAGGCCCAGAUCGCAGAGGCAGAGCAGCGCGGUGAGCUGGCGGUAAAAGACGCCAAGCUCCGCAUCAGGGAACUGGAGGAGGCCCUGCAGAGAGCCAAGCAGGACAUGGCCCGCCAGGUGCGCGAGUACCAGGAGCUCAUGAACGUCAAACUGGCCCUGGACAUUGAAAUCGCCACCUACAGGAAGCUGCUGGAGGGAGAGGAGAGCAGGAUUGGCUCUGGCACAUCGACUGCCCAUAUCUCGAGCUCCAUAAGCAGCUCCAGCUCCGGCGGCGGCGGCGGCGGCGGCGGCGGCGGCUUCGGUAAGCGCCCUCUUCAUCGAUGGCCCUCUUCGCUCCUUGAUGAUGUCCUUAAGACUUGUCUCGUAUUCUUAUGAACCAUGAUGAGGUGG